AUGAUUACAGUGCAAGAAUUCUACGUCCGAUUCAAGGGACCCGCCGAGACACCCUUCGAGAAUGGAACUUGGAAAGUCCACGUCGAGCUGCCUGACCAAUACCCAUACAAGUCGCCCAGUAUUGGAUUCGUGAACCGGAUCUUCCACCCGAAUAUAGAUGAGCUGUCCGGCUCGGUUUGCUUGGAUGUCAUUAACCAAACCUGGUCGCCGAUGUUCGACAUGAUCAACAUUUUCGAAGUCUUCCUCCCGCAACUCCUUCGAUAUCCCAACCCCGCCGACCCUUUGAACGGUGAAGCGGCUGCAUUGCUGAUGCGGGAGCCGAAAAGCUACGAUGCUAAAGUUAAGGAAUAUGUCCAAAAAUAUGCCAGUAAAGAUGCAGCAGACGAUGCCGGAGCCGAGUCCGAAGACGACGACGAUAUGUCCUCAGUUGCCAGCUUCGGAGAUGAAGAGGACGAGCCCGCCGGUCAGAUGGACGACGUGUAA